UAGAUACAAGUAUUCUUUCUAUAUUAAAGUUCUCAUAUCGAGACAUGUGGGUGGAUGCUGUGGAAGCUUGGUGAGUCAAAGCUGCACUAUCUCGGUAUUUUCCCUUUAAAUCGUGGCCCUCAAAGAACAACCAGAACAUCAAAUCUGACUAUCUCUAACUCUCUAUUUUGCAGUCUAGGUCGGGUGCUUAGCCUAGGUGUUUGCUUGCCUCGUUUGGCGAUAUCAGAACCAUUUGGCGACCCACGCCCAAAGUCCUAUAAACGUACCUUUGUACUUUCAAGUGCUUGGCAAAGGUACCUGGGAAAUUAGUGAGAAUGACAUUGCAUAAAGGAGUUUGCACUUUGAACCAGGCUUUCGUCACAUGCCUACAACAAACGGUAUCGACGCUCAACUGUUCAUCCGAUGUCGGCCGGCGCAGAGCCUCAUUCCCCCAAACUUCAAUCUCUUUGUUUGGGCUUGUCCCUGUCGCAUUUCUCCGCCCUGCUGAGUUGGAUUUGUUAAUGCUUGCGACUAUACCGUGAUUUCGACCCUGACGGUUAGUCCAACACCCCUCGGCUAGGUAUUCCAAAGCGAAGGCCCCCGCUCUUACGAAAGAACGGCAACCCCGCCCUGGUUUCCAACUUACACUUCACACGCACGCUACCUUACCGCAAACAUGCGCAAUCCCAAGGCCCAAGCCCUGUCGAUGGUGCUGAGAGGCAUUCCCCUUGGGGGAACGAGUUUCAAGUCUCCGUCGUUGUUGUUGUUGUUGUCGCUAACUAUUAAGCUCCAGGGGCUUAGCAGACACUAACAUUCAGGUGGGGCUUUGAAAGACUGGUCUACGACGUUCACUCGCAAUUGCGAUAUCCGACAACUCCAUUUACAAUGCCCAUGGCAUUUACCCAAGGCCAUUUAGAAGCUAAGUGGGAGUUGAAAGCAGCUAGCAAGGUAUUCCUGCCAGUUUGUGGUUGAGGCAUGUAAGUCAUCUCGAUUCAAAAUGUGCGGUUUCUAGACCCCUUCUAGAGGCUUGCCUCAGAUUCACCAUGUGAUCAUAGAUAAUGCCAACAAUGGCUCGCCUCAGUGACAAGCGCACCCCUUUUCUCAAGCAUCCGACUAUCAUUGAUUUCCUACGAGCGAUGUCGACUGAGGCGAAGCUACUCUCGACCACGAUUCUCAUGUCUUCCUUGGGCAGUGCCCAAGUGCGCAGCAAAGUCCGAGCCGAUGGCAACUAUUCUCGUCCAGUCCUUUGGAAGCUGGCCAGACAUAUGGUUAGUGAGUCAGGGUCACGGCAAUCAAAUUAUACGCUCGAGGGUUGAAACUUUCUCAAACCCCCUAUUAAACAACCCCUUUUGAAGCUUUGCGAUUCUCAACCGCUAUGUCACACAGUCACACGAUA